GUGCUGGAUGCUCUCGGUUAAAGUGUUUGGAGAGGCAGACAGUUUUGUACUCUGCUUCGCUGCUUUUCCAUUUUUGAAUACGAGUAUGAAUAUGCGCUAGACUGACUUUGGACAGUUGCGUUUGCGUCUUUUGUUGGGUCUUGCGCAACUUACUCCCUACUUAUUGAACGCGAUGUCAAGUUAAACGUUUAAAAACACGUCUUGAGAUCUUGCGUUUUUUUUCUACAGCUCGUCUCACGUUUUGUAUUGCCACCACGUAGCUCUAUAGGAGGCAUUAUUUGCGUUUUUGUCGCGCUUUUUUUGUCAUAAUUAAAAGCAUGAAAAUGACUUUAAACAAAUACUUAUUUUUGCUCCUCUUGCUGAGUCACCUUUUUUUCUUUUCUUAUGCUUUUUUUCUCUCUUUACUUGUUCAGUUUCUGGCAGAGAUCCAUAAUUUCUUCUCUCUCGACCUAUCCUUCCUCCAGAAUUCUGCUGAAUCGUCUCUCAUUGUCAUUCGUACAGUACACUUCCAUUGACCCCACUUCCACCAAGAGACUAUCCCCAAUUUAAUAUGACAACCAGUAAUUUUUUGUAGUAGUAAUAAAUGCCCAUUAUUCAAAUUCUUAACUUUUUUUUGGUACUAUUAUUUAAUUUUUAUAAGAUUAACUUUUUAAAUUCAGGCUCUAUUAGCUGUUUUUGCCAAACUUUUGCAUAAGUGAAUAUAGAAAUGCUACAUCCAUAGAUGAUUUAAAUAUCUCUUAUUGGUCGGUCUGCCUGGUCCUCAUGGCUUUUGAUUAGUCAGUCUGCUUUUCUUCCUGUUUCAGCUUGGCCUUGAGCCACACAUGUACUGAUUUUCAGUAUAUGUGUGUGUAAGCGUGUGAAUGAGGAAGUGUUUGUGGAUGUGUGUGAGAGAGCUUUAGUUUAGUACUGCUGAGUUGCCUGUUAUUCCAACCUCACUGUCACAGUCACAUGCUCCUUCAGCAAGCCUCUUAGAACUCAUCAUGAAAACACCAGGUACCAACUUAAGCACGACUCCAAUCCUGAUUGGAUGCUUAUCUCAGAAUGACAGCAGAAGACUCCGCCUCUGCCGUUGCUAUGAGUAACCCUAGCCCUUCCUCCUCUUCUAAGGCCUCCUCUGAGCAUCCACAGCACCACAGCGCCAUCCCAGAGGGAGUGGCUGGGGCCCCCAAUGAAGCUGCCCUUGUGGCCCUGAUGGAGCGAUCAGGCUAUGGUAUGGUGCAAGAAAAUGGACAACGCAAAUAUGGGCCACCACCUGGCUGGCAAAGCCCUUCCCCUCCACGUGGCUGCGAAAUCUUUGUGGGUAAAAUCCCACGUGACGUAUACGAGGACGAACUGGUGCCAGUAUUUGAGACUGUUGGACGGAUCUACGAGAUGCGCCUAAUGAUGGAUUUUGAUGGGAAGAACCGCGGUUACGCAUUCGUCAUGUACACGCAGAAGCAUGAGGCUAAGCGAGCAGUUCGUGAACUCAAUAACUUCGAAAUUCGUCCAGGAAGAUUGCUAGGUGUGUGCUCUAGUGUAGAUAACUGCCGCCUCUUCAUUGGUGGAAUCCCAAAAACCAAGAAACGUGAAGAGAUCCUGGAGGAAGUUUCCAAGGUGACAGAGGGGGUGCUGGAUGUGAUUGUGUACGCGAGUGCUGCGGAUAAGAUGAAGAAUCGUGGCUUUGCCUUUGUAGAGUAUGAGUCGCACCGUGCUGCUGCUAUGGCCAGAAGAAAGCUCAUGCCAGGGCGAAUUCAGCUCUGGGGUCACCAGAUUGCAGUUGACUGGGCAGAACCUGAGAUCGACGUUGACGAGGACGUAAUGGAAACUGUGAAGAUUCUGUAUGUGCGCAACCUGAUGAUAGAGACCAGUGAAGAUACUCUACGCCAAACCUUCAACCAGUUCAAUCCUGGCUGUGUUGAACGUGUCAAAAAAAUCAGAGACUACGCCUUUGUUCACUUCGCCAGUCGAGAAGAUGCAGUGGUUGCAAUGGACAACCUGAACAGCACAGAGAUCGAAGGUUCCCGCAUCGAAGUAACCCUGGCCAAGCCUGUGGAUAAGGAGCAGUACACCCGCUAUCAGAAAGCAUCGAAGGGAACGGCGGCUGUGACAACUACUGACAACAGCCAACAAAGUUACGUGUAUCAGUGUGACCCGUAUACACUCGCCUAUUACGGCUAUCCCUACAGCACACUCAUUGGACCCAACCGAGACUACUUCAUCAAAGCAGGUACUGUAAGAGGCCGUGGCCGUGCUGGGGCCGUUAAUAGGGGCCAAGUGCCCCGCGGCUCAUACCUUGGUGGCUAUUCAGCUGGCCGAGGCAUUUACAGCCGCUACCAUGAAGGAAAGGCCAAAUUGCUGGACAAACCUUACGAGAUCAUGCCCAAUCUAGAGCUGGCAGCUGUGAACCCAGUGGGCAUCAAGCCUGGCACAAUGACUCUUCCAGGCCUUGGUGCCCAGUACCCUGCUAUGUUUUCUGCUGCCCCUGCAACUAAGUUAAUGGAGGAAGGGAAGAUGCACCCAGUGGAGCACCUGAUAAAUCCUUUGGCCCUCCAGCAUGACCCCACAGCUGCCUCGGCCACUGCAGCAGUCAUACCUGCGGUCUCCACACCACCACCUUUCCAGGGUCGUCCUAUAACUCCCAUCUACGCUAUGGCUCAUAAUGUGCAGAGGAUUCCGGCUGCAGCUGCCAGUCUGUAUGGAGCCAGUUACAUGCCAAUCGCCGCCCACGCCAACACCGCCACGCUGGCAGCCCUGCAGAAGAAUGCUGUUGUGGCAGCCGCCGCAACCUAUGGAGGGUAUGCUGGGUACAUGCCUCAGGCCUUCCCUGCCGCUGCCACCUUCCAGAUGCCCAUUCACGAUAUAUACCAGACCUACUGAGACACUCACAGCAUCAAUCACAGUGACUUACAAUUACACACACCGCGUCGCCACAGGCCAUCAGACAUUUACGGCAUAACUAUGAAGUCUGCUGGUUAAUUGAACCACGCAGAGUGAAACUGACAUACAACAAAACUAACACAUUCUGACUCGUGUGAAGCUCCCUGGAAGCCUUUAGAUUAGAUGCUGGCAGCAAGGAUGUAGAUUUCUGCUAAAUUUAUUCACAACUUCAUCAGCCCCUCUGGCCCACAUUUAUUAAUCCGGAUGUAUGACCUAGACCAAAACCACUUUUAUAUGCUACUGAUUAACUUACCAAGACAGGUAGACUUUUGUGUUCUAAGUUAUGGACUCAAACCCUGCAAUGUGACCAGAACCUCACCUAUUUUCCCUUUAGAUCAAUAGGAAGCAGUCUGUCAGUUCGACUUCCUAAAGGAAUUGACAACACUUGCUGAUUUCCAAAGCCAUCACACGACUGAAUGAAUGACAACUCCUGUUCUCGAAUGUCCAUUUGCAUAUUUUAUCAUUCUGCAGAGGUCUUGUAUAUUAGCUGAUCACCAGUACAGAUGUGGACUGACUCCGAGUGAUAUGUUCAUAUGAAGUAAUUCAAAAUAAGACUCGCAGAAGAAGCACACCUACUGACAUAUCACCGUCUUCCCCACACACUCCAGCUGAGAAUCGUGAGCCAGAGCGUUCCUGUCGCCGCACACUCCUAAUAUCGCUCCUCUGCAUUCACGGCCACAAGAAUACUGAAGGAACGUUGUAGUAUUUGUGGACUUUAAAAAGAGCGUAUUUAAUGCCUCUGUAUGCUUCAGAGCAUUUACUUUUGUUUUAUGAAGAAAAACUGUAAAAUGAACAAACAACUGCUGAGCAGGAACUUCAACAACCACAGAAGUAGAAGAUUGAAAGUGUUUCAUGAAAAGGCUGUAUUUUGAGUUUAUAACAUAUACUUGCUAAACGCGUUGAAGACGUCGGAAUCUUCCGUCCACUGGGUUUCCUGCACGCGAGUCUAUAUGCAAAUACAUGCAUUCGUUUUUCCGCCUUAACUGUUUAUUUGCUUGUGCAUUUUUAUAUUUAGAUUAUUUUAAGAUUGUACUGUUUAGUUGGUUUGAAGAUGCUGUUUUUAUUGUCUAGAGGAUAUUUUUCUUCUCUAAACUGGAAGAUAGACAAACACUGUUUUCAUUCACAUUCUCAGAGGCAAUGUGUUCAAGAAAAAGAAAACUGGAAAAAGAGAAGUUUUUCAGUCAGUCGGAUAUAUGCUGGAUAACAUUUGUUCCCUGUUUACGGGAUAGUUCACCCAAAAAUGAAAUUACAUAUCU